GCGCGAAUUAGAGAAGACAGAGAGACACAGACAGCGGAGGAAGAGGGAAAACGAAAACUAGGAUUUCGUUAGGAUUUGAGGGAGAGAUUGGGCAGCAAGGAAUCUUGAAAAUUCAGCCUUUUUGAACUUUGUCACCACUUCAGUUGUUGCUGGUAUGGGUGAAGGCGGUGCAGUGUUAGAGCAGCAUAUUCCAGAGGAAAAUGGUAAUGCUGAUGAGGAGAAGUCGUCCAAGGUGGAUGUCGAUAGUGACGCGUUGAUGGGUACUAAAGGGAAAGACGUCGAUAGUAAUGCUUUGAUGGGUACUAAAGGGGAAGAUGUCGAUAAUGAUGCUUUGAUGGGUACUGAAGGGGAAGAUGGAAAAAGCUUUCAAGAAAUGGAAGAAGACAAUGUACAUAACAUGGAGUCAGAGAUUCAUGUGGAGAAAAGUGUUGAUGAACAUAAGGAAAUUGAUGAAAUUGUGGAGGGUGAAAAGUUUAUAGAAGAAGAGAAGGAAGUAAAGGAAGCAGCUGGAAAAGAUACCGAUGACAAGGGAACCAAGAGUGAGGAAAUGGAGGAAGACACCGAGGAGAAUACCCAUAAUAUUUCAGAGACUAAAGUUGAAGAUGGCAUUGAAGACGUGGAUGAGGAUACAAGAAGUACAGAGGAACCCAGCACAGGGAAGGGAUCAAAGACACGAGGAAGAAGUAAGGGUAGCCCUGGGGAAAAAGACAUAAGCAAUGAUUGCGAACCUGAAGAGAAAACAAAGAAAAAAACACCAUUAAAUAAAACUGGUCGUAAAGCGUUGAAAGAUAAAAAGGAACCAAAAACACCUGCAGCAUCCACAAUUGAGCGCCCUGUCCGGCAGAGGAAAUCUGUUGAGAGGUUGGUGAAUACCAUUCUGAAAGAUUCUGGAAAGGAUUUCCGCAUCAAAAAGGGUCGUGGAACUGCACUUAAAGAUAUUCCAAAUGUGGCUUACAAGUUGUCAAGAAAGAAAACUGAUGACACGUUCAAAUUGUUGCAUACUAUUCUGUUUGGAAGGAGGGGAAAGGCUGCUGAAGUGAAGAACAAUAUAUCAAGAUUCUCUGGUUUUGUUUGGCAUGAUAAUGAGGAAAAACAGAUUACCAAACUGAAGGAAAAACUAGAUAAGUGCAUCAAGGAGAAACUAGUGGAGUUAUGUGAUGUCCUUGAUAUAACUGUUUCCAAGGCUACUACAAGAAAGGAAGAUAUUAUCAGCAAGUUGGUUGAAUUUUUGGUGGCGCCUCAUGCAAAAACCUCAGAAUUACUUGCAGAGAAGGAGCAGUCAAGUAAGAGCAAAAAGAGAAAAAGGGCAAGCAAAUCAACUGCUGACAGUGAUGAUAAAGCAUCAAAAGAUUUGGCUAAGGGCCCAAGCAAGAGAAAGUGUGCAUCUAAGAAGGGUGAGAAGAAAAGCACCAUGCCAGAUUCGGAGGAUGAAUCAGAAGAAGAAGAUGCCAAUGAUCUUCCAGAAAGGUCAGGGGAUGAGAUGUCUGAAAGUGAGGAGAAAGAAACUGAAACUGAAAAACAAAAGGAUGUGGAUGAGCAAGAACAGAAACAUGGUUCAGUAAAGUCUUCUGCAAAGAAAGGAUCUUCUCAAAAAGGCAUAGCCGCGACCAAGAACAAAUCUACCUUGAAAACAGCUAGGGCGCCAAGAAAAUCAGGAGAUGAGAUGUCUGAACUAGCUGAAAGUGAAGAGAAAGAAAUUGAAACUGAAGAGCCCAGUGACGAUGACAAAGGAAAGCAGAAGCAUGUCUCAGAAAAGUCCGCUGUAAGGAAAGAAUCUGCUGAAAAAGCCGCUAGCAAUAAAAAGGCAAGGUCGAAAACAACCAGUCCUCCACCCAAAAAGGGAGCUGCAAAAUCACCUCUGAGCCGCAUGAAAAACACCCGAGAUACAGACACUGGGAAAAAAUCUACUGGCAAAAACAACGAGAAAUCAACUGCAAUCAAAUCGUCUGGUAAGAAGGGAGAAUCCACCCCUGCAAAGAAAUCUUCUCGUAAGAAGAAAGAUGAUUCGACCACUGAAUUGGAACAUUCUGGUGUUAAGACCAGGAAAGCUCCGGUUCCUCGGCGGCUGGCAUCUAAGGAAAGCACUGGGGACAAGAAGGACAAGAAAUCGGAUCCAGAUGACAAUGAACUCCGAAAUGGAAUCGUUGAAAUCCUGAAAGGGGUUGAUUUCAAUAAGGCUACAUUCACCGACAUUCUCAAGAUGCUAGACAAGAAAUUCGCUACAGACUUCACGCCAAGAAAAUCAGCGAUAAAGAUCAUGAUUAAGGAUGAACUUACGAAACUAGCUGAUGCCACUGAGGAAAGUAAUAAAGAGGUGGGCGAAAACACGAGGAAUAACCAAAACCGGGCUUCAGCCAAAGAUUUGAAGUUCUAAAAUGCAGAAGAUCCUACAGAGGGGUAUACAAUGACCUGCACCCAAUGCUGCCGCCUUCAGCUUUGUUCGGAUGCUUACCGGCGGCGAAUAAUCAAUGUGUAUGUAUUUAUUCUGGUGAGCUGUAGUGUUGUAAUUUUACUAUAUGUCUGUAAUGUAGCAGUGUAGUGUAUGAGGGCAAAUUCUGCCUCCUUUAGUGAGAGAAGAGACGUAGAAUUUAAUUUGUUUUGAAUAAAAUAGGUGGAGAUAAAGUGUCAAUGCAGUUCAUUUUCUGUGGUGACACAACCAAGGAGGAUGACACUUACUUUUCUUUUGUUUUAGUUUCUUUUCUUCAGUGAAAGUGGAUCUGUUUUUCUUCAAAUGUGUCCAAUUUUGAGCCAUGA